AUGCAUGAAGAAGAAAAGAUAAGCGACAAUGGAGAUAUCGUAGAUGAUGUGCAACGGGAGGAAUGGAUGCAGCAACAAAUAACACUGAAAUCUCGUUUGAUUGAAACUGAUGAUAUCUCCUUCUCUACUGAUAAUGAGUUUACUGGAUUAAGAUAUAUUGGCGGCGUUGAUUUGAGUUUUGUCAAAGACAACAAUAAUGAUGCAAUCGCGUCCCUGGUGGUCUUGACAUAUCCAGCCUUGGAGAUCUUAUACACCGACUACCAAAAAGUAUCACUCGACUACCCCUACAUUGCAGGCUUCCUGGCCUUCCGCGAAGUAGCUCCCCUUCUCUCUCUUAUAACAUCCCUACAAUCCAAACAACCCUCGAUAUUUCCCCAGUUCAUUAUCGUUGAUGGCAAUGGGACACUCCAUCCUCGUCAAUUUGGUCUCGCAUGUCAUCUCGGUGUGUUGGCCGAUGUUCCGACAAUAGGAGUAGGGAAAAACUUUCUGCAGAUUGAUGAUGGAGUGGAACUAAGCAUGCCUCAUGUGAAGAAGGUCACCAAAGAUGUAUUGAAGAAAGGCGGAGAUGUCUAUUAUUUGAAAGGACAGUCAGGGACUGUCUAUGGUGCGGCCGUCCGUAGUUUGGAUACUACUACAAAUCCAAUAUUCGUAUCUGUUGGACAUCGCAUCAGCCUUGACACUGCGAUAAGAUUGGUACUAAGAUGCUGCAAAUAUCGUAUUCCCGAACCAACGCGGCAGGCUGACAUCUGCUCACGAGAAUUUAUUAGAACACAAAAUCUUGAGAAGAGACAAUCAAGUAGUUGA